CCCACCAUCCACCCCUGCGCUGCUGCAUCUGACCUCGCACCUGCUCCGUCCCUGCUCCGUGUUCCCUCUGCGCCCGCUGCCGUGCCUGCACCUGCACGCGCGUCUCGCCGCGCCGGCCUCUCCUUCAUCUGCCCCUCUCCCACCACCAUGCACCGCCGCAAGAAGGGCCGCGCGGCGCCCGCCACGCCGCCGCCGCACGACGAGCAGACGGUGCACGUCAGCGCGGCGGCGGCACACGCUCCCGGCGCCGCCUCGUCGGGCACGUCGACGCCCGACUCGGACGACCCCUCGGCGCCGCCGCGCCGCCUGCUCCUCGAGCGCUCGUCGCGCCCCAGCACCCUCAGCCUCGGCUCGGGGCAGCGCAUGCACUCGUACACGGUGCGCGCGCCCGGCACGCCGUACCACGAGCACGACCUCAGCGACAUUCCCUGGCUCAGCCUGCCCGAGGCGCCGCCGCCGCCCAAGACGCUGGCGCGCUACCGCCGCCUCUACCUCGCCGUCGGCAUCGUGCUCGGCGCCGUCGCCGCGUGGGCCGCGGCGCAGCACAGCAGCAUGGACGGCCUGCGCUCGAGCCUCGACGAGCAGCUGCGCUCCCUCGGCGCCGAGUUUCCCUCCUUCGACCUCGGCCUCUCGUCGAUGCGCCUGCCCGGCGAGUUUGCCGACCUGGGCGACAAUCUCUUCAGCGCGCCGCGCGAGUGGCUCAAGAGCAAGGACUUUACCGUCGGGCGCAACCUCUCGGCGCAGGGCUACGCCGCCGCACACCCCGUCGUGCUGCUGCCCGGCAUCAUCAGCACCGGGCUCGAGAGCUGGACGACCGACGAGAGCUCGUCGGGCUUCUUCCGCAAGCGCCUCUGGGGCAGCGCCACGAUGAUGCGCACCGUCGUGUUUGAGAAGGAGCGCUGGAUCCGCCACAUCUCCCUCGACGCCCACACGGGCCUCGACCCGCCGGGCAUCAAGGUGCGCGCCAGCGAGGGCUUCGACGGCGCCAGCCACUUCAUUGCCGGCUACUGGAUCUGGGCAAAGAUCAUCGAGAAUCUCGCCGUGCUGGGCUACGACGUCAACAACCUCUGGAUGGCGUCGUACGACUGGCGUCUCUCGUACUCCAAUCUUGAGGUGCGCGACCGCUUCUUCACGCGCAUGAAGCUGCGCAUUGAGCAGAAUCGCAAGAUUGAGGGCAAGAAGACGGUGCUUGUGGCUCACUCGAUGGGCUCGAGCGUGGCUCUGUACUUCAUGAAGUGGGUCGAGGCCGAGGGCCCGGGCUACGGCAACGGCGGUCCUGACUGGUGCGAGGAGCACAUCGAGUCCUUCACCUCCAUCGCGGGCACGUUCCUGGGAGUGCCCAAGGCCAUGGCCGCGCUGCUCAGCGGCGAGAUGCGCGACACAGUCGAGCUGCCGCCGGCGGGUGCGUUCCUGCUCGAGAAGUUCUUCAGCCGGCGGGAGCGCGCCAAGCUCUUCCAGAGCUGGCCGGGAAGCGCCAGCAUGAUGAUCAAGGGCGGCUCGACGAUCUGGGGCAACGAGACGUGGGCGCCGGACGAUGACGAGAACGCCGACGACACGCACGGCACCAUCUACGCCUUCAAGAUGCCACCGCUGACUGACCAGCUCGCGGCCGCCGACUCUGGCCCAGCCUCCGAGGAGCAGCAGGAGGCGUCGCCGCACGAUGCGAACGCCUACCAGGACGCGCCGCGCAACCUCACUGCCAACGAUGCGCUCACGUGGCUGCUGCAGCACACGCCAACUAGCUUCCAGCAGAUGAUGGCCGCCAACUACUCCAACUCCAUGGAGUUCGACGAGAACGUCAUUGCCGAGAACGCCAAGGCGGGCAACGACGCCAAGUGGUCGAACCCGCUUGAGGUGGCGCUGCCGAAUGCGCCCUCGAUGCGCAUCCACUGCCUCUACGGCGUCGGCAAGCCGACGGAGCGCAGCUACUGGUACCAGCAGGGCCCGUACCAGCGCGACGAGAUCAUGUGCGACGGCCAGAACGCCGUGUGCAACGUCGAGAACGUCACGCUCAACUCGCCGCUGGACUUUCCGACGGGCCGCACGGGGUGGAUCGACUCGAGCAUCAGCAGCGAGAAGAGCUCGCCGAUUGUGCGGUCAGGCUGCAAGAUGGGCGAGGGCGACGGCACCGUCUCGCUGCUCUCGCUGGGCGCCAUGUGCGUCGAGGGCUGGAAGCGCAAGCGCUACAACCCCGCCGGCAUCAAGAUCACGACGCACGAGAUCGCACACGCGCCCGAGGCCCUCGAUCUGCGAGGCGGACAGACGACGGCCGACCACGUCGACAUUCUCGGCUCGUACGUUGCCAACGAAAAGGUGCUGCAGAUCGCCGCGGGCUUCGGCGACAAGGUCGAGGACCACUUCGAGAGCCGCAUUCGCGAGUACGCGGCGCGCAUCGACUGGGACGGCGUCAAUGUGCGCGGGCACACCGACGUCAUGUAGCCUGCUUUCUCUGCCGCACAUGCAGCGUGCACACGCAUUCUCCUGUAACAACACACACGUCUCCCGGACACUCAUUGCUAGAUCUAAUCGGACACAUGCAGUCAUGCAUUC